AAACACUUUAUUUAUGAAAAUACAUAACUUCAUGCUUAUAUAUUUACAUGCACCAUCACUUCUACUGUGUGAUAAUAAAAACGUGUGUUUUUUUUUCUAAAAAUAUAAGUAUGCAUUUGUUUGUUCGGUGACUUAUUAUAGGCGGUGUGAGAUAAUGCUCGCCCUGAAAGCGGGUAACCCACAAUGCUUUGUAAAGACCGUUUCCAACGAGUAAAUCGAGUUUUUAACAUUAUAUUUUUGUUUUGCUUUGUGUAUUUUCUCAACUGUUAUACAUUUUCUGAUGACUUUCCUGGAGUUUCAUUAUAACCCAAAAUUUAUUCUGACAUUUGCCUUUUUAACACUCUAGCAGCCUCAUGUAUUGUCCAAUCUUCAUGAACUGUGGUUAAUGCAAUCGCUUGUCCUUCAUUUUGCAAUCUUUCCUCUGUCAUGCCCUUUACGGUAUCUAUUCAUACGACACAAUAACACUUUAAUUGCACCUGAACUAAUUGUAAGGGUGCAGGAUCACGUGAAAGUUUGGGGUUCCAUCUUUUAACUUUACUGGAUUUUAAGACGACGGCUCUCCCACUUUGACCAACUUUAGUCCAGGAUUCUUCGUUCAAGACACAUUAUGUUGACAGGUGAUACAAUGCGGUCUAUACUGGUGUUUGCUUUAUGUCUGGCCGUUUCGUGCGCUUAUCCUGACUUCAGGGACUUCUUUCCAAAUGGUUACACUGUGCCGAACCCUUGUGGCAGCGGAAUAUGGGAAGCUGUUGGCCACUACGACCCCAAUCAUCACACCGUCAACAAGAACCGGUUUGGACUGGACUUUCUCGCCGCUGGUCAAGCGUGGACACGUGACCUGUGUAUGAAGGACAGUGACAGGGACGGGAAAACUAACGGUGCGGAGUUGGGAGACCCGACGUGCGCCUGGGUUAAGGGUGGAGUGCCCACCGGCAAAGCCACCGGACAUCCGGGAAUCUGUGAACCUGUCGGUUCCUGCGCUGAUUCAUUCUCAUGCGGUUGCCAAGGAAACCAGUGCGUGGGAAAAUAAACAAAAAUAUUUAUUGCUACUAUUGUUGGCGUCGCACUGAAGUGCGGGGACUUUUAUGUAAUACGUUUU